GUUCCGACCAUCCAAGUAUCAUCGAAGCGAUGGUCAAGGGGCAGAAAGAGAAGAAAGACCGGUUCCCACGGAUUAUUACGUGCCCCAAUGAGAUGGUGGCAUUGUCUAUGGCGGACGGUUACGCAAGGCUCACCAACAAACCGCAAGCAGUCAUUGUCCAUGUUGAUGUGGGAACCCAAGGACUCGGCGCUGCCGUCCACAAUGCAUCGACGGGGCGCUGCCCCGUCCUCAUCUUUGCCGGCCUCAGUCCAUACACCAUCGAGGGAGAGCUACGGGGCAGUAGGACCGAGUACAUCCACUGGAUUCAAGAUGUUCCUGAUCAAAAACAAAUCCUGGCGCAGUACUGCCGGUACACUGGGGAAAUCAAACGCGGGGUCAAUGUCAAACAGAUGGUCUUUCGUGCGCUUUCAUUUGCCAUGUCUGAACCCAAAGGACCGGUUUACCUCUAUGGCUCCAGAGAAGCGAUGGAAGAAGAAAUAACUCCAUAUCAAUUGAAUCCCGAUGUCUGGCGGCCAGUCGAGCCCGCCGCCCUGCCGCCCCAUGGGGUCAAGACAAUAUCUGAAGCACUUGUGAACGCCAAGGAGCCCUUGUUAGUCACUGGAUACAGUGGGCGGAACCACUCAACCGUUGAACAAUUGGUCAAGCUCGCCGAUCUCGUCAAAGGGAUCCGUGUUCUUGACACUGGCGGGAGUGACAUGUGCUUUCCAGCGGACCAUCCUGCGUGGCUAGGACUCCGAUAUGCGGUUGAGGAUGCAAUUACAACUGCAGACGUGAUCCUCGUGGUCGAUUGCGAUGUACCAUGGAUCAACACGCAAUGUCUCCCGUCCAGAGACGCGAAAAUCUACCACAUCGAUGUGGACCCAUUGAAACAGCAGAUGCCUGUCUUCUAUAUUGACGCCCUUUUGCGCUUUAGGGCAGAUGCUGCUACUUCAAUCAGCCAGUUAAUCGAAUUCAUUAGUGCAACAUCUGCUCUACAAACGAAGGCCAAGGCACUUGAAAAUCGCGCUGAGGCUCUGCAGAAGUCGUAUCAACAGCGGCUGCAGACGAUCGCAAGCCUUGUGAAAACCGAUGAACAAGGCCACUUCGCAACCAGUUACUUGACAAACAAACUCCGACAAGCCUGUCCGGAGGACACAAUCUGGAUCAUCGAGGCGGUGACUCAAACAGUGUUUGUCGCUGAUCAAAUCCAAGCCAAUCUCCCUGGGUCAUGGCUCAAUUGCGGUGGAGGAGGGUUGGGUUGGAGUGGAGGCGCGGCACUAGGAGCCAAGCUCGCGACAGAUACCGAAGGAUCAAAGCGAUUCGUUUGCCAGAUCGUAGGGGACGGAACGUACUUGUUCACGAUCCCCGGGAGCGUCUACUGGAUCUGCCAGCGAUACAACAUCCCAAUCCUUACAAUUGUCCUCAACAACAAGGGAUGGAAUGCGCCCCGCCGGUCACUCCUCCUGGUUCACCCCGACGGGCUCGGAUCUAAAGCGACCAACGAGGAAAUGAACAUCAGCCUCGCGCCAACUCCCGACUACUCUGGAAUCGCAAAGGCCGCAUCCGGUGGGGAGAUCUGGGCUGCUCACGCUUCCACCGCCAGUGAUCUCGAGAGACUGCUCCCGGAAGCAAUUGAAUCAGUGAAGAACGGACGUGCUGCAGUUCUGGAUGCGCAUCUAGAGGGACCAGAGGGGAAGUUUGGAGGUGGUAAAGCCGCGUUGAGCGGUUGACGGCCAUUGGGCCUCACAGGGACCAUCACUAGGGCUUAUUCCCUGGAAACAAGCAUUGAAGAAUGUCUCAUACUCCCCCAUUAGACGGUUUGCUAGGGCAAGUAUCGGUACCAGUUACGCCAUGCAGCAUUUGCUUGUGCAGGGAAACCUAAAAACAAUAAAUAAUAGGUACUAUACGACAUGCAAUUGACCAGGAAUUCACCCGGAACUUGUCCUGGAGCAUAUUUGCUUUAUAUGCACUCGGUCCUUUCCCGUGCGUUCGUCGUUCCCCACAGAUAUUGAUAGUCCUAGGAUUUGCCUUCUUGAGCUCGACAAAGUCGAAAUUCGUGGUGUUUUUCUUCUCGUUCAGAAUGUAAGCCGCUCGCCUCGAAUGUUCUCCUACAUCUGUGAUUUAUUCUUCGACCGGUAUCUUAUCCGGAGGCACAUUUCCUGCAAGGUUAUAAUCUCAUUGCAUACGCA